UUAGAAUGAUAUCGGUAAAUUUUACCGUGACUGGAGUGUUUUACUACUGUAAUUGCCCAUUCAAGGACAAGAACGCACUACCUAACACUUUGACCAUCUAUUUUGAUGAAACUAUGUUAAAUUAAAUAUACAUUGUAUAAAAUUCAUUUCAUCAUAGGUCUAGUAAUAUCAGUGUAAAGUUGCAAAUAUUGGUAUCCAUAUCGAUAUUUAUAAAAGAGGGAGUACUAAAACUAUCCUAUCUUAGGAUGCUUCUACUAUUGUUCAAAUAAAUCAGUACAGUUAAACAUAAUGGCGGGUGCAUAGAAGUAAUUGACAAAUGCAACAUUUUCAGCAUAUAAAUAUUCCAUUAACGUGGAGUAGCAUUCCCGAUGACUACUGCAAGGUUUCACUUCUGAUGCUGAGCUCAUUGUAGGAUGUUUAAGACCAGCAAUCGAGCGUGGCUGCCAGAGCAGUGAAGCCUUUAUUAAGUGACAAUUGCAAGCCUCUUCUCACAAAAUGCAUCCUAGCACACUUGGGCAAUACGUGAGUUCGUCAGAGGAGGAGGAGGAGGAGGAGUAUGAAGAUGACGGCCAUGAAUUAAUGGUUGCUACGGCGGCCAUAGUUUUGGACGCAAACAUGCGGUUCAAUGCUCGACGCCGUGGUGGUUCUGUGCCGGGUCGUCAGGUAAUUAACCGCGAUAGGGUAGCUGGGCAUGGUAGAUUAUUUGAAGACUACUUCGCGCAGCAUCCUGUCUAUGGCUCCUCGUAUUUUCGCCGAAGGUUUCGAAUGCCUCGGCCGUUGUUUCUUCGCAUAGUGAAAGCUGUGCGGGAACACGAUAGCUAUUUUGUGCAGAAAAGAAAUGCUGCUGAAAAACUUGGGUUAUCAUCUCUUCAGAAGGCUACUGCAGUGUUUCGAAUGUUGACUUAUGGUGUAGCUGCAGAUGCUACAUAUGAGUACGUUCGGAUUGGAAAAAGUACUGCUUUAGAUAGUAUGAAAGCAUUUGUUAGAGCUGUUAUUGAAGUUUUCGGAGAUGAGUAUCUUAGAUCUCCAAAUGAUGCCGAUACUGCUAGAUUGCUUGCAAUUGGAGAGAGCAGAGGGUUCCCUGGAAUGCUAGGGAGCAUCGAUUGCAUGCAUUGGGGGUGGAAAAAUUGCCCUUCCUCAUGGCAAGGUAUGUAUACUGGCCAUGUGCGCGAGCCCACAAUCAUUCUAGAAGCUGUUGCUUCACAGGAUCUUUGGAUUUGGCAUGCCUUCUUUGGUUUACCAGGCUCUCUUAAUGACAUCAAUGUUCUUCACCGUUCCCCUAUCUUCACAAGGCUAGCAGAAGGGCAAGCUCCAUAAGUUAAUUAUACAGUAAAUGGUAACAAUUAUACAAUGGAGUACUACCUUGCCGAUGGCAUAUACCCGCAGUGGACAACAUUGGUUAAGACAAUACCCUCUCCACUAGGGCAGAAGAAUAAAUAUUUUGCAAAAUGUCAAGAAGCACAUAGGAAGGAUGUGGAGCGAGCAUUUGGAGUUCUUCAAGCUCGUUUUGCAAUUGUUCGUGGACCAGCAAGACUGUGGGAUGAAGAAGUACUCCAUGAUAUCAUCACAGCUUGUGUUAUCAUGCAUAACAUGAUAGUUGAAGACGAGCGAGACGAAGGUCCACAAGACUACAAUUACGACAACAUGGGAGAAAAGGUUAUUCCCUCUCAUGCACAGACGGCUGAAUUCUCGAACUUCAUUCAGAAUCAUCUUGACAUCCGCAACGCACAAGUCCACUCUCAACUGAAAGAUGACCUGGUUGAGUAUCUCUGGCAAAUUUAUGGGGCAAUGUAGUGUGCAAUUUACCUAGUCGUAUGUAGUUAGAGUUAGGAUCUAAGUCGGAAAGGUUUUGUCCCGAAGAAGAUUACCCUGCCGA